CAACCCCUCAGUGUUGCCUUGUUGCUGAUAGAGUUGCCAGCUCAUUAUUCUUCAUAAAAUUAAUAUGCGGGAAUCAUUUGUAUUAAUUAUCUCGCUGUUCGUGAUCUCUGUGCGAUGUUCGAAUUUAGACCGGGAUGGUUUCAAUAUAUAUAAAGAUCAUUUGCGCACACGUCCUGAUGAACCUUUGGAGGUAGUCUCAGAGGUCGGAGAUCGAAUAUUGUAUUUCUUUCGUGCGCCUUUACAAAUGUAUUCAAGUCAGCCGAUGGAUCCUCAAGAGUAUCGAAAGCGUGAAGCUAAUAUAUAUAAAAGCCACAUGCUGACUAAAGAGAUGAGUCCGCUGGAAAAGCGUACCUCUAAAGCGGCUUUAUCCCUCAUGUUACAGAGCAAGCAGGAUUUAGAUCACACAGAUGAAGAUCAUUAUUGCCUUCAUGGAAAAUAGUUGCUCAACUUGUCGGUACG